AUGGAUCGAAGGUUCACUGGUAACGGUUCGGACGAUCAAUUCUCGAAACAAGCGCUUUGGAAUCCGAACAUGUCGUUCCCGGGCAUGAACCGGGAUGCGGAGGUUGAAGGCGAGUUACCGAGAGGCAAUACUUCGUCGUUCCCGCAAUACAACCAAUUCAAUCCGGGUUCAUUCGGCACCUAUACGACCGGCCAGGGCAACCCAGGCUCACAGCCUGCGCACUAUGGGAAUUUACCGCCUCCGCAACCACCGAACCAGUCUCCCAUUGCCUUCGGCGCGUUCAGUGUCCCAACAUGGAAUCCUACCCACCCAGGUCAUAAUGCCGUGCCAACAAUGCCCUCUUUCAACCCCAUGCUCUUUUCUUCCAUGAUGGGAACCCCAAUGAACAUGAAUCCGUUCCUCAUGUCACCCUCUCAACAAGUGGGCUCUUUCCAGCCCAUGAGCACGACGGCUGCUUUGACCCCGGAGCCUUCGGGCCCGCCGACUGUGAAAGUCCCUAUCCCAGAACAGGACUACCUAGCACAGGCAUCCCUGCCUCCCCAAAAGUGCGACUCGCCCCGUCCCCUUCUCGUCAUCCUGGAUCUCAAUGGCACUCUCAUCUACCGGAAAGCGCGCAAGUUUCCUCCCUCAUUUGCUCGGCGAGAUGGUCUGGACCGCUUCCUGGAACUGCUGUUGAAGAAGCAUACGGUUGUGAUCUGGUCCAGCUCACAACCUCAGACUGUACGGGCUGUCUGCGACAAAUUAUUCCCGGGCGAGAAGCGGAAAGCGCUGGCAGCAGAAUGGGGUCGAGACAAAUUCAAUCUCAGCCGUGCACAAUAUAACAACAAGAUUCAGGUCUAUAAAAAGCUGGAAAUAGUGUGGGGGGACCUAACGAUCCAGCUUCAAUACCCGAGGGAGAUUCUUGGCAAUGAAACUUUGCCCGUCGACAGUUACCCGACAACAAAACCGCCUUCAGCGGGGAACUCCUCGAACAAAGCUCACUUGACUCGAAGCAAAAUGCGAGGGGAACAGCCGAAAUUCAUCAGCCAGUUUCCCGUAGGCCAAAGAUGGGACCAAAGCAAUACUGUCCUGAUUGACGAUAGCAAGUUGAAAGCUUCGAAAGAGCCGUACAACAUCCUAGAGAUCCCGGAGUUCAUGAAUGACCCAAACAUCGAUGAAUCGCGGCUCUUCGCCAAGGUCCUCGGUGCAUUGGAUGCAUUAUCUCGCCACGACGAUGUCAGCAAAGUCCUCCGAGUCUGGAACGAGCAGAUCCUCGAAGACCAUGGCAUCCUGGAGUUGAAAGCAGUAAAAGAGGAUCCAAGUUUCUGGGAAACCGAGAAAUUCUUGGAGGAAGAGGACGAAGAGGAUGACGAUGGCGGCGCUGCCCUCUUUAACGAUUCUUAUGGACUUCCCACCACUGGCUCUGUGGACGCUCUCUCCCACCAGAAACCCCGUAACCAGGAACGCAAGAAGGAGCGGAAGGCUGUUGCGUUGGAGGCGGGUGCAGAGAAAACGGUCGAUUCUGCCGCAUCGCAGCAAAAGCAUCAAGACAAAAAGGCCAAGAAGAGGGAGAAGAAGCGCCUCAAAAAGGCUGCUGCCAGAGAAGCGCAGGCUUCGGCCGCCAAAGCAGCACAUGUUACCUUCCCCAAACGAGCAGAAAAGGUCAAAAAGGAGCGAACCGUUAUGGACGCGAAGGAAUCCAAGCGCAAAAUGAACGCCGAUCGCAUAUAUGAUGAUUGGAAAAAAGCAACCCUCGGUGGAUCUGAAUUUGUCACUGCAUCGCCGCAACUUUCAGGCCGAAUCUCGUCAAAUACCUCUCAGGGACAAUCUCCUACUGCAUCGCCACUGCUUGCAGGCCGGAUUCUACCAGAAAAGAUAUCUCGAAGACAAACUCGCUCGCUAUCGCCACUUUCCUCCUCUUCCGAAUCGGAGAAUGAGCUUCUCGACAGAUUGGAGGAGUCGCUUGGGUUCACGAAAUCAAAGAGCGAUAAUGCUUGA